GUGCUCGCCACACGCGAGUCCGUGUGGAUACUUGAUUCGUCUCCCCCAAGUCUUCUCUUCCGCCCUUCGCCCCAACUUCGCUAUAAAAUCUCCUCUCUCUCUCUCUCUCACCCAACAACGGCCAUUUGCCACCCUAAAUCCCAAUCCCAAUCCCAAUCCACUCCGGCGACAGCAAUCCAACCCAUCCUCCUCUCCCCAGGCCGCCGAGGUGAUCCCGGAUGCCGCUCUCUCUUUAAUCUAUUCUCGCCCAACUCUUCUGUUUCUCGUUGGGUUUUGAUUUGAUCUCUAAGUAUCGGGGAAAGCAUCCCGGAGGAUGGUCUCGGAAAAUAUUCCUACUACGGGUAAUGAGUCGAAUGUUGUUGCAGCAGAGUCACAAGGGUCUCUUCCUUAUAAAAAAGGUCUAGCUAGAGUUCCAAAGAAGAUACACAAGGCUGAGAGGGAGAAACUUAAACGUGACCAACUGAAUGAACACUUUGUUGAGCUCGGACAUGUGCUUGAACCAGAUCGUCAAAAUAAUUGUAAAGCUUCCAUAUUAGGAGAUACUACCCGAGUGCUUCGUGAUCUAUUUGCUCAAGUAAAUUCUCUCGGGAAGGAAAAUGCUGCUUUGCUAUCUGAAUCUCGCUAUGUUACGGUGGAGAGGAAUGAGUUGAAAGAUGAGAAUAAUGCCUUGCAAUCUGAAAUAUCACUGCUCCAAAAUGAACUACAGAGGAGAACACAGUCUGUUUCUGUCUGGAAUGACACCCCUAGUGCAAAUCCCCUGAUUCAACCACAACCAACUACUAGUGUUCUUUCGAUGCAGCAUCCACCAUUCAUUAUUGGAUCCAAUCCAGCUGCCCGUGUUCAGGAGCUCCAACUUUUUCCAGUGGAAAGAACACCACCAUCUACGCAGCCAGGACCGCCACCUCAGGUGACAAGGCCUCAUGCUAGAUACCCUGCUCCAUUGGACUUGUGGUCAGGUCAGCUGCUUUCUACUCUUCCACAGACAUCACAACGAGAGAUAUAUGAUGAUAGUAGUACAAGCACCACUAGCAAGGAAGGAUGUGAUAAACCAUGAGCCUAAAAUUUGAUCUUGAAUUCAGAAUUGUACAUCACAAAUUUGACAAAAUUUUGCCCCACAAGCUAAGAAUCUAAAUGAAGCAUUAGAAGAAUUCUAGUCGGUAUAUUGCCUAGGUAAAAACUUGAGCAAGUGGGAAAGUAGCUAGCUUGAAUCAUAUAUAUAUUCUGUUAUGAAGACAUAAAUUCAUGCUUUACCCAUUUCUUUUGAAUAGUUUCAGCCUGGUUUCCAAGAGCAAAGAUCUGUUAUUGAGUGAGCGAAUAAAAUUUCAUCAUUGUUAUACGUCGGUUAUCCGACACAUGAAAUUGGUUGUAAUUCUCAGUUUGCCUAUUUUUCUUAAUUUUUUUUAGUCGUGACCAUUUG